UGCUGUGUCUGAGGUACCUGUUACCUUCAUAUGGAAGUACCAGACCAGCUCAAUCAUCUUAUAGGAAUAAAGAGAGGAAGUCUACUGCUCACAGUCAAUCAAAUAUAUUCUUGAUACAGUAGUACAACCAGCCUGACCCUUUAAUUUAAUUGUAUCUCAUUAAUCUUGCCUGAAGUGCCUCAGUUAGUUCUAACGUGGUUUUAGGGUCCAUUCAUCUGAGCUGGCUGGAAUGACUCAACUCACCCAGGGACUUUCCAGAAUGAAGGACAAACGUGAAACAGCUCACAGAAAAUAUAUGCCAAUUGAAUCUCUUGCAUAUCUGCAUACUUCAUCAGUCACCCAGACUGCCUGAAUUCCUGCAGUAAUAAAGCUUGUUUCAAAUUCACAGAUGACUUUGGUAUGUUUUACUAACUGGAUAUACUGUGUAUUCCUCAAUUUGUUCUUUAUAAAGAAAUCAAAGGAAUAAAUUAAUUGAGGGGAAAAAAGGGGCCGUUCUGUUUUUUGUUUUUUUUUCCCUACCCUCUUCCUAAAGCUGAAUAAGGAAAUAAAAUCUAAUCCCAAACUGUAAACCAUGCCUUUUCCACUUUCUGUCAUUUUCUCUAGAGGAGCAUAUUUCUACUUCUGACUGAAAUAAGUAUCUACCUAGAAAAUCAAUAAAGGAAGUUCCCUUACAUUGGGUCCUGCCUAUUUAGAAGUUAUUCAGUUGCUACUGCUGUGUUCUUGAUGAGUCCACUAUCUGGAAGUUGGCUGUUAUAAAAAGUAAUGGAUGGAGGUUUGAUGGAUUGUCUUUUUGAGGGCAUGAAUUUUUUUUUUUAAUCCAUAUCUGCAGAAUAAUACACAAGCUGGAUAAAUUCUCUUGAAUUUUUAUAUGCUGCUGCAGACAUGAAAAUAAUACUGCUAGCAUUUUGUUUACUGUUUUGCUAAUGAUGUUUGGAUGUCCAAAACUUUGUCUUCUGGAAGGGUGAUGGUAGGUUUUUGUUUUGCUUUUAAAAUUUAAAACAAAAGUGUAAAGCUUCUAGUCAGAAAUAAACAUCUAUAAUCUGGAUUAAGAUAAUGAUCAAAAAUCUUUAGUUUUAACAUGUCUAUUUAGAGAUAUAUUUUAUGUGAUACCUAAUCAAGUAUCAUCUAUAUAGUGGAGGAAACAGUGUAGUGAAAUUAUAAACAAAAAAUAUGAGCAGCUCAGAUAUGAAGAAUUCUAUGAAAUAAGACCAGGGUAAAUUAGCAUAGUUCUCCUUGUCUUAGUUUCUAGUCUGAGAGGAGGAUAUUAACUGCUGAUAAAAUCAGAGUAGGAAACCAAUGCUUCCAUGAAAAAGUUAUAAUUUUGGAUAUUGAAACAGACCUUACUUUUCUCUCUCUUUUUUCCAGCAUCAAGAAAAUGAUCCAUAUCUCAUUUGCUUGAGAACCAUUAGUCACCAUUCUAGAGAUAUGGCUAAUUCCUUUUAAUUAAAAAUAAUAUUUUGAUACAGCUCUGCUAUCUCUGCUGGAAUUGUUUUAAACUUAUUAUGUUCUUACCACCAAUUUUCUGCAAUACAGCUUAGGAGGAAUUUGUUCGAUAGCAACAUGUCUGAAGAGUAUCAAGGAUGAAAUUCUCAAGGGUCUUUAUGUCAUGGAUGGAAAUGGAAUCAUUACUGUAUUUUUGAACUCCUGCUAACGUCAUUGACACCCACCUACAGUCCACUAGAAAUAUAAGAGCAGAGAUCAGUUUGUUCACAGAUUACGGGCAGACUAACCAAGAAGGGGCAAGCCAGAGCCAAAUCCACUGACUGCUCAUCUCCAACAUGUGGAAAGUGGUGCUCCUGGGUGUAUACAUAGUGUUGGCUGUGAGAGGAUUGGCAAAGGGUGCUCCUUUCCAAGCAGAAGAAAAAUGGAAACCUCUAGAUAACCCGAGAAACAGAGACCUGUUUUUCAGAACGCUCCAGGCUUAUUUUUCGGGCAGGGGGCUUGAUCUCAGGAAGUUCCCAGCUGCUGUCACUGUGAACAAUGAAGGACCAAAGCCUCUCAUGUUCUACGCAGAUCCAAUUGCUUCUGCAUUUGCAGAUUACGAAGAAAGGAAAAAUUCUUUUCCAAAUCAUUUCAAAGGCUGAAAGAUGCUGUUGACCAAGGCUGUAGAACUUCACAUGAAGUGAUAACCUUCACAGCAAAAUUUUACUGCUUUGACUUUUUCUUACCUGACAAUUUAAAAUGUUCUUCACUGUCACGGUUCCUACCUAUGGAAUGUGAUGUCAUGCUGUAAUUAGCAUAUAUUCGGUCUCUUGACAUAUGUGGGCUGUUUGGCUGCAACAGUCGGCUGAGCAGAAUUGUGUUUGAGUGUGAAUAAACGAGGAGUGCAACAGAGUGCUUGUGAUUACUGCUAAGUGUCUUUGUGCAAAACUCAGAAAUAAAUGUUAGCUUUCAAGUUA